GUCCCCAAGUAACGGUUUGCUUCCACUGCAGUUGGGAAACGUGCGUCCACCGAAGUGAAUUAAAAUGCAGGUGAUGCACAGCUGGAUCCUGAUGCUGCUGGCCGGAUUCCCGGCAGCUGGCCGGGCGGAGGACCUGCUGGAGCUGUCCUGCAGCUCGGACGCACAGUGCGCCCAGUUCGAGCGGGCUCGGUGUGUGGAUAUGGCCUGCAUCUGCACAGCACGUGGCUCCGGGCAACGGGUGCCCUGUGAGCCACUGGAGGAGAAGCUGACCAACAUCGUGGGCGGCCCCUGUCCCUGCCUCAUGCCCAACGCCCUCUGCCAUACCAAGUGGGAGCAGUGCCUCUGCUCCGAGGGCCAUGUGCCCAGCGAGGACCGGAGGCGCUGCCUGCCGCAGGUGGUCCCGCUGGGCGGCGCCUGUGAGUUCCCGCGGCAGUGCCAGUUGGCGGAUCGCUUCAGCACCUGCUCCGGUGGCCUGUGCCUCUGCCCCACCCACUUUGAGCUCCACGAGGGACACUGUCUGGCUGUAUUGCAAUCCAGAUGCACCAUGGACAAGCACUGCGGCAGCUGCGGAGCCUCCAUUUGCCUGACCGAGUUGGGCAAGUGCGGCUGUGCCGAGAACUUCGUGCACAACCACAAUAUGACCAAGUGCAUCGCGGGAUCCGCCUUCGGCGACAGCUGCGAGCACAGUUCACCAUGCAAGAUCAACCUGGGAGCCGGUGGCCGGUGCCUGGAUCACCAGUGCGUCUGCGGACCGCAGUACUACCCCAAAAGGGUAGUCAACGAGGUGUCCAAUGAGGUGGAGUACCCCGAGGAUAUCAGCAAUCGGGAGCGGAUCUCCUGCGAGCCCAUCGUGCCCUUCGGAGCACUCUGUCACCAUGACGGCGAGUGCCGGAUUAAGCCCAUGCAGCAGGCAAAUGCCACGUCAUCUGCAUCCGCACCCGCUCCCAUGGUCUGCAAAUGGGGCGAGUGCACCUGCAGUUCGACCCAUCGACUGGAGGAGAACAAGUGCAUCUUUGUGGAGAAUGGCGCCAUGUAUCCUCAACUAACCGGCAUUUUAGCCCUUAUUUGUCUUCAGUUUAUAAUGAUUCUUUAUUAGGAUAUAUGUAUAGCAAAAAAAACUUGUUGAACCUAAAUGAAUAGAACGAACGAAAGAACGAA